GACAAUUAGUUUGACAUCAAAUUGAAAAGCUGGAUUUACGAAAUCACCCUCUGAAAACCUCUUUAAAAUCCUCACCUUUGGUUAUUUAGCCUCAAAUUGUUACUUACCAUUUACAACGCACUAAGAAGAAGAAGAAUGAAGACAACUCUUUCGGUCUUCCUCUUACUCUCAUUCUUGUUGUCGAUGAUGGUGGGGGUGUCGUCGAAAAAUGUUACGUACGACGGUCGUUCACUGUUCAUCAAUGACCGUCGUCACCUUAUCAUCUCGGGCUCCAUUCACUAUCCUCGUAGCACUCCUGAGAUGUGGUCAGAGCUUGUACGUCUGGCCAAAGAAGGAGGGGCGAAUACGAUAAAAACAUACGUGUUUUGGAAUGGUCAUGAAAUCAAACCCGGCGUUUAUAAUUUUGAAGGGAGAUUUGAUCUGGUGAAAUUCGUGCGGAUAGUUCAGGAGGCAGGCAUGUUUCUGAUCCUUCGCAUUGGCCCGUUUGUUGCUGGCGAAUGGAAUUUCGGGGGUAUACCAGUGUGGUUGCACUUUAUUCCUGGGACUUCCUUUCGAACAGAAAACGAUAAUUUUAAGUACUAUAUGGAAAAAUUCAUGACUUACAUAGUGAACCUAAUGAAGCAAGAGAAGCUCUUUGCAUCCCAAGGAGAGAAAGGUCCCAUUAUCAUGACUCAGGUCGAGAAUGAAUUCGAGUACUUAGAGCAAAUCUAUCCCGAGGGGAAGAAAUACGUUAACUGGGCCGGGGAAAUGGCGAUUUCUCAGCACACUGGUGUGCCCUGGAUCAUGUGUCGAGAGUCCGAUGCUCCGGGUCCAGUGAUUGGUACUUGUAACGACUUUUACUGUGACGACUUUCAACUCGCAUCUGACAAACCCAAAAUAUGGACCGAGAACUGGACUGGAUGGUUGCCAACAUAUUGGGCACCCAACUACCAUAGGCCAUCUGGAGAUAGUGCAUUUGCUGUUGCUCGUUUCUUCCAGAAAGGUGGCAGUGUAGUGAAUUAUUACAUGUACCAUGGUGGAACAAACUUUGGUCGCACAGGAGGUGGUGGCUUUACAACAAGUUAUGAUUUUGAUGGUCCAAUCGACGAAUACGGGUUAGUGAGGUUUCCAAAAUGGGGACAUCUUAAGGAACUCCACGAAGCUAUAAAGUUGUGUGAGAAUGUUAUACUCAACACAGAACAACCAACCAACAUCGCCAUUGGUCCUUCCCAAGAGGGCACCGUUUGGGGCGAUCCAUCGUCAAAGAAUUGUGUUGCAUUCCUUGCUAACUACGACAACACGAACGACGCGACCGUGGUGUUUCAGAAUGCCUCGUACGACAUCCCAGCUUGGUCCGUCAGCAUUCUUCCCGACUGCAAGAAUGUGGUGUUCAAUACGGCUAAGGUGAGUUCCCAGAGUUCUGUGGUAGAAAUGGUGCCCGAGGAUUUGAAGCCAUCUCCAGAGAAAUGCGGGGAGGUGCAAUUUGGAGGAGAUUCUUCAUCAAAUAAUCCUCUGAAGUGGGAAGUGUUUGUGGAGAAAACAGGGAUUUGGGGUGAAGAGGCUGAUUUGGUUUACAAUGGUUUGGUGGAUCAGCUGAACGUCACCAAAGAUGCUUCUGAUUACCUUUGGUACACAACAAGCAUUGAUGUCGAUGCAAACGAAGAAUUCAUGAAGGAUGGAAGCCAACUAGCUCUUGCAAUCCAAUUCCAGAGCCACCACCUCCAUGCAUUUGUAAAUGGGGAACUUCUUAACAAAGGUAAUGCAGUUGGCGAGAAUGCAACGCUGAGAAUCCCUAUCGCUCUCAAAGCAGGGAGGAAUGAGAUUUCUGUACUCAACUCCAUCGUUGGUCUCCCGAGUGCAGGCGCAUUCUUUGAAUGGAUAAAUUAUGGACCAUCCAAUGUCAAGCUUGAAGGGUUCAGCAAUGGAACUGCAAUGGACUUGUCCACAAGUAACUGGAGCUACAAGAUUGGCAUGGAAGGAGAAAAGCUCGAGAUAUACAAACCUGAAAGCACUGGCAAUGUGACAUGGAAUGUACCUUCAGAAGUGCCCAAGAUGCAGCCUGUCACAUGGUACAAGGUUAUUGUGGAGGAGCCAUCGGGGGAUGAACCGAUAGGGCUGGACAUGCUUAACAUGGGGAAAGGCUCUGCCUGGUUGAAUGGACAGCAGAUUGGGAGGUACUGGCUGCAGAGGAGUGGUGAACAUGAACAAUGUGUCAGCCAUGGUGAAGAAGGAUGUGAUUACAGGGGCUAUAUGUAUCCUGAGAAGUGCAGAACUGGCUGUGGAGAACCCACUCAAAGAUGGUACCACAUUCCACGGUCGUGGUUCAAGCCGUGCGGCAAUCUUCUGGUGAUAUUCGAAGAGGAAGGUGGAGACCCAACUGCGAUUAACUUCUCGAAACGCAGGACCUCUCGUCUUUGUGCUUCUGUCGCCGAGGAUCACCCGCCACUAGGGCAGGCCAUGGUGCAUCUCAGGUGCCCUGAAAACAGGAGCAUAGAUAACAUCCUAUUCGCCAGCUUUGGGACUCCAACAGGGAAUUGUGGGUCAUUCAAAGUGGGGGAUUACCAUGAUGUGAAUUCCCUUUCCGUGGUUGAAAAGGCAUGCUUGUGGAAAAACGAAUGUGCCAUACAAGUUUCAGAAGCAAACUUUAACAAGGGAGGGUUUACUGGAUCAACCAAGAUGAGACUUGCAGUAGAGGCAGCCUGUGGCUAGGGCAAGUGAGCAUUGAUGGUGGAGAAAUUAAUUGUGUCGUAAUAAAACACUAAUCGGUAUUGCUCAAGUGUUGAAAAAUGAAUGUGUCGUGGCUGAUUAUCUUGUUUUGUCGGAAGUUAACUUUCAAGCAGACUUUUUAUUAUAUGUGUGGGUUCGAGUUCCUAACUAUUUUAAUGUGUUAUGAAUGAAUGCGACUUUGCAAUCGAGUUUUUGUCAA